CUUUUCUCAGAGUUGGUUGCAGAGACGUUCCAGCCCAUUUUCCAGAAUUUUCAGUCAAAGGACAUCCGAUUUCCAGUACUCAGGUAAAAAUGGCUUCUUUUCACGACACACGAGAGUUCCGAGGUAACCAACGUGAAGACGAAAAGGUUGACGUGAUAUCAGUGGAGCCUAUCACCAUGAUAGUGCCACCGGAGUUACAAGACUCGCCUAGAACCACCGUGCCGGAGACUAGCGCUAGUUCGAGCACAGGUGGUGGUUCAGACGACCACUGGUCUUCAACGUCCAGUGAUUCGUCUAGGGAGGAGACUCCCAGGGAAGCGGAGGGUAUUGAGGAGGUUGGUUGCAGUGCACCGGCGAUGAGUGCAGCAGUGGAGGUAGUGGUGUUUGAGGGGUGGGAGAGUAAGACUCUCGAUGGGAGACUGGACAACCUCUGCAAGGCCCCCAAAACCGUACCGGCUGGUUUUAAGUUCAGGGCGGCACUGCAUCACGAAGUUACAGAUGGUGCGGCCAUAGUGAAAGGGUACAAGAAGCUAGAGGAGAUGGUGAGGCGAUACCAGAUCCCUAGGACAAUUUUGAUUCAAGCCGGAACACCAAACGAGCGGGCAUGCUCAUACGAGCUUGCCCUUCCACUGCUCACUCCCAACAGCAUAAAGUUUAUCAUAGGCUUUAUGCUGUUGUGUGAGAGGCUAGGGCUGCUCGCAAAGGCAACGGUCUUCAGGUUGCUUUUCCUGUGCCGUUUGUGCCCCUCCACCAACAGAACGAGAUGGUACUACAUCUCCGGAAGAGAAAAGAUGAUGAUAUUCAUCAACAUUAGAAAUAAGGUGGUGAGUUGGAAGAGGCAGUUCGUUUUCGUGCGCGAUACACGAACUGAGAGGAUCAGUAACGAGCUCGCCGCCCGUCUGUCAGAGUGGCGUACGCCCAACGCAUACAUGAACUACCCUCAGCUGACAGUUGGUGAUGUCGACCUGAAGAACCGGCUGCUCGAUUAUGUGAAGGCGAGGGGUUUGGUGGACCUGGAAGCCUCGGUUACCCAGGAGCAGAUCGCACUCCUUGGGAGAAAUGAGCAGCAUUUUGGAGAGACAGCGCCAACGAGCACAAGGCUCGAGGAAUCAGGGAGCUGGGUCCGGUUCCCAACAAGGUGCACGAGGGAGGACUUUGACAUCGAAGAUGAUGUCCCCCUCAUCCGGUGGAGGACGAGUACAGGGAACCAACCCGCUCCAGCCGUUGCAGCGCGUCCUGCGAAUGUGCCCCCAGUGCCAGCUCACGCGGUUGCUGAGCCAGUACCUACCUCGUCGUUUGUGGUGGGGCGAAGGAUUGCAUACCCAGACGGCUUCAGUUACGUACGGACUAAGUGCCAGGCUGCCAUGCUACAGGGUAUGCAAAACUUUGUGCCUCCUGCAGACCGGCUACGUGCAAAGGGGCACGUUCAGCAGCAUGGAGGACAUGCUGCUCUAAUCAAACUGAUGGAUGCGUUCAGCUACACCGUCGCGCUCUUUGAGUGCGAGCAGGGGGCGCGGGUGCAGAACCGCGAGCUGGAGCAUAGCUGUAAGCAAUUGGCCUCUGAAAAAGCCAGUUUGGCUGACGAGGUCAGCUGCUUGCAGAGCUCGGAGAUGGCCAACCGAGCGGCGUCAGCAGAGAGCCGAGCUGACGAGUUGGCCCGUAAAGUAGAUGAGCUGAAGGAGGAGCUCGAGCAGGCUCAAGUGGUGAAGGACACCAGCAUCCAGGUUACCAAGGAGGAGCUUGGUCGUGCAGAGGAACGAGCUAGGAAGGCAGAAUCUGAAAGAGCGAAGACUCUGCACGAGCUAAGCACCUUGAGAGAAAGGGUGUCGCAAGCCGACCAGCACGUCGCCCGAGCUGAGGCGUCCCUGGAGAGCACCAAGAGGCUCCACCAGCGCAACGACGCCGUUGCAAUCAUCUCUGCCAACACCACCAUGGACAUUUUCAAUGAGGUUCGUGGGAAGAUGCUGCGAGUCCGGGCUGACUUCCCCAUCGGCGAGCUGGCCAUCUUCGAGGGCGAGGAGAUCGAUAAUGAAGGGAAGAGCCUCGCCCCUCCAGCUGACACCAGGGUAAGGCUGAAAUGGGAGCUUAAUGAGGAGGGGCUACCCGUGUGGCCCCCCUUUGUCAUUGAAGAGAGGGAGGACACAGAGGGGUUGCCAAGCUUUGAUGCUUGGGUGGCAAACCCCCAUGAUGUGCCUGUUGAGCCUUCAAGCACUCCCCCGUCUGCUCAACCUCAGCCCGCCCAGUACGCUGCUCCUGCUCUCUCUCUUCCAGAUCGGUCAUCUCCGGCUCGGUCUGUUUCUGCGCCCAACGACGCAUCCAUCCCCGUCGACCUGACGGAUGAUUAGCUUAGGAUUUUUAUUUUCUUUCUUUCUUUUGUAUUGUUUUUGCAUUUCUGUGUAAAUCAAUGAACUCAUUCACAGUAU